CAGACCGAGCUCCGAGGACGCACGGCGGCUGACAACACCCGAAGAUGAAUGAGACUGCCAUUUCCUUCGCCAAGGACUUCCUGGCUGGAGGUAUCGCCGCUGCCAUCUCCAAAACAGCUGUAGCGCCCAUCGAGAGAGUCAAGCUUCUCUUGCAGGUUCAACAUGCCAGCAGACAGAUUACGGUGGACCAGCAGUACAAGGGCAUCAUUGACUGCGUGGUCCGUAUCCGCAGAGAGCAGGGCUUCUACUCGUACUGGAGGGGGAACCUGGCCAACGUCAUCCGAUACUUCCCCACCCAGGCCCUCAACUUUGCUUUCAAGGACAAGUACAAGAAGGUCUUCCUCGAUGGCGUGGACAGGCACAAGCAGUUCUGGAGAUACUUCGCGGGCAACCUGGCGUCGGGCGGCGCCGCCGGAGCCACGUCCCUCUGCUUCGUCUACCCACUCGACUUCGCCAGAACACGCUUGGCGGCCGAUGUCGGCAAGAGCGGACACGAGCGCGAGUUCAAAGGUCUGGGCGACUGCUUGGUGAAGAUCACCAAGUCAGACGGCAUCAAGGGUCUGUAUCAGGGCUUCAACGUCUCCGUACAGGGCAUCAUCAUCUACAGGGCUGCUUACUUCGGCAUGUACGACACCGCAAAGGGCAUGCUUCCAGACCCCAAGAACACACACAUCAUUGUCAGCUGGAUGAUCGCUCAGUCUGUGACUGCUGUCGCCGGUCUUGCAUCCUACCCCUUCGACACCGUCCGUCGUCGUAUGAUGAUGCAGUCUGGACGCAAAGGAGCCGACAUCAUGUACAGUGGAACCAUUGACUGCUGGAGGAAGAUCUCACGUGAUGAGGGCGGCAAGGCCUUCUUCAAGGGAGCACUGUCUAAUGUGCUCCGAGGCAUGGGUGGAGCCUUCGUGCUCGUCUUGUACGACGAGCUCAAGAAAGUCAUCUAAGGUGUUUUUGUACGUGUACUGUUCAUGUUCUGAAGUUUAACUGUAACAUAUGUACAUUUGGAAGGACUUAAAUAUAUCUCUAUAUUUAUAGGGACCAACUAGUAUGUUCUGCUAGUUGUACCUGGGGAAUCUGUCCUGCACUGUUUUCUAGGCCCAUGCUAUUUCUUUUAAAUAUUUUUGCCCCUCACCUGAAUGUAAGUCCCUGAACCCGGGAACCUUGAGGGGAAAAAGAUAAAUAAAGGAA